UGUUGGUCCAGGAACAUGUCCUACUUGGAUAAAUUACGUUGUGCAAAUGUGACUGUCUGUUCCAGUUAAACCAACACGACUCCUGAUGCUUGCAGCCAGUAGAGCUACUUUGCUGCCUUUUCUCAAGAUUAGGGAGAACAAUUUCAAUUCAAAUCAGUAUGUUUUAUUGGCAUGAAUGCCAGGUGAAAGUUUAUAUUUGGGUCAUUAAGGUAGUGUAAUGCGCAGGAUUUUUAAACCCUUUAAUCUGAUGCACCUAUCACACAUUCAGUCCACUAUUAAUUUCUCCAGCUCUAAACAUGCUGCUGCUGCUGCUCCUACUGCUGCUGUCAUCAGGUGAUGGCCAGACUCAGCGGGCGUCUGGCCAGAAGAAGAACGGCUUGUGUGUGUGUGCGGUGGACUCUAACCUGUGGUCGUUCCUUGUUUUGAAGUAUGAGGCCGUGCUGCAGCAGGUUCUGUCCUGUGAAGGAUCUUUGAACAACCUGCAGGAACAGUUGAAGUUGUCCAGCCAGCGUCUCCCUCAGAUCCAGGCUCUGGUUAAGAACGUGACGGCCCGGCUGGAGCCUCACCAGUACCUGCACGACCAGGGCCUGUACACGGCCUUGUCUCUGCGCCUGCUGGGCCAGGAGCUCAGCCAGCUGGAGACAAACAUUGGUGCCAUUCACAGCCAGCUAAACAACACCCAAACACAAAAACUCUCCAAAGAGGUGGUUAAAUUGCGUACAGAUGUAGACAGGAUGCAAAUGUCAGACACAAUUAACAUGAAGACAGUCAAAGAGAAACUGCGCUACCUGAAGAACACUGCUGAGUCUUGCAAGUCAAUCCCCAAAGACUUCAGAGGCCGGGACAGGUACUGCCUCAAGGGCCUGAUCACUAACCAAGGCUGAGACAUUAGAGCGAAGGACUUAUCAGAAGUGGCACCAAUGCUAGCUAGCUAUCUAUCUAUCUAUCUACAAUGAAUAGCAAGCUGACUACACUUCAGUUAUGUAUAUGAUG